AUGGAGGCGGAGGAGGAGAACAUCAUCGACGGCGUCGACGGCCGGCAGAACGAAGCACGUCUACUUCUGCCGCUCCGUUCCCGCCGUUCCAACCGUAAUCGCGAGAAAAUGAACAAGAUUGUGAAAGCGAAGCAGAAGAAGCAGAUGCAGAUAUCUAAACAGGCCCAGCACAAGAAACUGGAGACUGAAGGUGAGUGAGUGGGAGAAGGAUGUGUAAUUCCGCAGAAGAGCAGGAGAAGGAGGAGUAUUCGUACUAGUAUUGUUUGGGGAGCCUAUAAUUAGCCGGGUUUUGGCGCCAUUCAGUUGUUUUGGUGUGUGUUCCCACGAAUUCCGUCGACUCACAUCAUCAUCAACUGAAACAUGUGCCCCUCGGAGUGGGAGCCCUUUUGUCGGCCCAUAACAGCCGUCGAAUGGCAUGUGCUUGUCACUUUGACAACUCUUCUCGGCGACCCGUCCCGCCCUCGAUUUUUUCGAGACAAAAACCGCUAGAUGUGGUGCGUUUUGCUCUGUUUUUGUGCACAAAAUCGAAACGGAAGCUGUUGGCGAGAGUUUCGCGCCUUCGAGUCUCCGGCGAGCGCUAAUCCAAUUUUCAUUUCCUGUCGUUGGAUUCUGCGACGAAAGUGCGUCGAAGCAACACAUCCCUUUCUCCUGCUCCUUCUCCCGCUUCCGCCGUCCCUCCUUCUCGCAUUCCUGCCCACGUUCCAGAUCUUAUCGUCGACAAAAUUGAAGACGAAAUGGGUUAUUCCACCUCCAGAAAAACGGCUUCCAAAAUAUCAACUGCCGAUGUCUACAGCGCCAUUCUUCACCACGCUCCAGGCCCACUCACACAUCCAAUCUCAGCCGGACUGGCGAAGGCCAAACCGACAAUCGGAGCCCCGAUCCCUCGUUACCUGACCACUACGACCCCUUCCACAAUAUUCUUCCAAGUCACUCUUCCGUUCAUGUCAACUGCUUGGAACCGGGUCACCAUUCUGGAGAGUUCGUAUUCUUUCUCGUCAUUCUGA